AUGGCUCGCCUGUCAGGCUUACAGAAGGAGGUACUGAGCUUGUAUCGCCAGUGCCUGAGGGAGACGCGCAAGAAACCAGAUGUAAACAUCCGCCCACCCAUUUCUCAUGUCUCUCGAAAACACUUCGAGGCCUAUGCAAGGUCUGAGUUCAACAAGCACGUGGCCAUUGAGAAGCGUGACUUCGCCGCCAUCGAGUUCCUGCUGCGGAAGGGACGGAGGCAGCUCGAGAGCUACUCGGCCCCUGGCAUCAAGGACAUCAAAUGA